AUGGCAGUCAACGAUGAAAGAUAUGUGUUUAUUGUGGAAUGGUUUGACACGAGUGCUUCUUUGAUAAGGAGUUAUAACCUCAUUUACUUUAUGGCUGAUAAGACGAUAGAGAUGUUUGAUUUGAAAAAUAAAAGAAUAUUUCUUAAAAGAUGUGACUAUCCUUCUGUUUAAUUGAAGGACUUGUAUGUAGGAUCGAUUGUGACAGUUUUUUCAAGAUAAUUAAAGAUAGUUGAUUACGCAGAUGUAUUUACGAGAUCGAAAUUUGAAGUCUAAAGAGGAAAAACAUUUGGCAUGAUAAAACCAGAUGCAUAUACACACAUAGGGAAGAUAAUUACUGCAGUUGAAAAGAACGGUUUCGUAAUUGGUAAUUUGAAAAUGACUAGAAUGUAAAUUGGAGAUGCUUAGCAAUUCUAUGGAGAACACAGAGGCAAACCCUUCUUUGAUGAACUUACAUAAUUCAUAUGUAGUGAUUUUAUAGUGGGUUUGGAAUUGAUAGCUGAUAAUAGUGUGAAGAAAUGGAGAGAUCUUAUUGGUCCAACUAAAUGUUAGGUUGCCAGAGUGGAAGCACCAAAUUCAAUGAGAGCUUUAUAUGGAACAGAAGGAGUCAGGAAUGCUUGUCAUGGCAGUGAUGCUCCUGGAUCAGCACAAAGAGAAUUAGAUUUCUUUUUCUCUGAUAAAUCUAAUCUAAAAUCUACAGCAGUAUUCAAUAAUUGCACUUGUGCCAUCAUCAAACCACAUGUAAUAUUGGAAGGAAGAGCUGGACAAAUCAUAGACAUCAUUUUAAGUGAAGGCUUUGAAAUUUCAGCUAUGCAAAUGUUCUAUUUGGAUAGAGCCACUAGUGAGGAAUUCUUCGAAGUCUAUAAAGGUGUCUUACCUGAAUUCUAAGCCAUGUCUGAACAUUUAACAUCUGGUCCUUGUAUUGCUAUGGAAAUCAGAUAGGAAAAUGCUGUUAAAUCUUUCAGGGAUCUAUGUGGACCUCACGAUCCUGAAAUUGCAAGGACUUUGAGACCUUAGACAAUAAGAGCCAAAUUUGGUAUUGAUAGAGUUAAAAAUGCUAUACAUUGCACUGAUUUGCCAGAGGAUGGCAUACUAGAAGUAGAAUAUUUCUUUAAUAUUUUACAAUAAAAAUGA